CACACACACACACACGGUGCUGCCCUCCUCCCCUCCCCCUCCUUUAUUGACUGAUCAGUCCGUGCUGGGCGUAGCAGACCUGAUCACACAGCUCACCCCGGAAGCUACAGGUACUUGUCAUUCCACCCAGGAGACAUGAGAGAGGACAGGGCUGCUGCUGCACUUCUCUAGCUGUGUCCGUACCUCUUGGAGCAUGGCUGUAACACAAGAGGUGGUGAUGAACUUUCUCCUGGAGCAGGGAGGGAAGGUGAAGAAUGCUGAGCUGCUGAAGAAGUUUAAGCCAGUGGUGGAUUCCCCUGAUCCCCAGGAGAAGGCACACAACAGAGAACUCUUUAAGAGGUUUGUCAACACUAUAGCAGUGGUGAGGGAAGAAGAUGGGGAUAAGGUGGUGGUGCUGAAGAAGAAAUAUACCCAUUUACUGGCAGGGCUUGUCCGAUCUUCAAAUACACAGGAGGAGGGGGAAAUCCAGAACAAGGAAGACCUGGAGGAGGAAGUAGCACAGACUCUACCUGUAAGUGACAACACACAGGAGCCAUUGAUCAGCACUGACACUGAAAGGUCCUCUCAGCAGGACCUCUCUGAACCACAAGAUCAUGGCUUGGACUCCGAUUCUGUGCGGGAAUCCAUUAAUCAGGAGGAUCUACGCAGCUUCCAAAAAUCAGAUCCUGAAAAUGAAGAACCGAGGAAGUCUGUUUUUGACAUUGUGUCUCGUAUGGAUCAUUCAGGACCGGUUCCUGUUCCUAAGUCAUGGUCUGACGGACAGGCCAAAGAACUACAGAAGCCGCACAUGCUACCUUUGCGGUACGCCCACACUUCUUUUGAUGCUCUAGAGGCAAACCAGGAUGAAAACCUUCCUUUGGUUCUAGAAAUUCCCAUGCCGGUGAUUCAGGGAUCUCCACCGCUGGAUCCGCCACCCUCAGCCAUACCUAGAUCACCACAUGUGGGCAGGAGGCACCAUGAUGAUGUGGGUUCCAGGUCCCCCUAUAUAAAGAGGGCUUCCAAAACCAUGAAAGCUAGUGAAGAAAACAAAUAUUCCGAUGUGGUGCCAUUAAUCCAACAUGAGCACGAGUGGUUGGUGUCUGCUACCAGUGGACGCUGGAACCAUAAACUUCUGGGUCUUAUGCUGGCUGACAGCGAAUUGGCGGACAAGAGAGACUUCAUUUCGGGGUUUACUGCUCUGCAUUGGGCAGCCAAAAGCGGCAACACAGAGAUGGUUAAACUAUUAUUUCACUUAAGCAGUAAAGGUGGAACCAACAUUAAUGUCAAUGUGAGGUCCUUUGGAGGGUACACCCCAUUACAUAUAGCUGCCAUACAUGAACGUAAGGAUGUUAUAAUCAUGCUAGUCACAGAUUACAGUGCGAACAUUAAUAUACGAGAUAACAAUGGGAAAAAGCCCUACCAUUAUUUGAAGAAAGGAUGUGCUGCGCCUCUACGAUAUAUACUGAAGGAUCCAACCACCUUAAAUAUGGAACAAUCUAUCCCUCUGAAAAGAAACUCUAAGGUUGGGACUUCCAUAUUGGGAACCACUAGCGCCUUUCUUGGUGUCAUUUCUGAUGACAUUGCCUUCCAUGACUUGACCAAAGGAAUUAGAAAGCCUUCUUCCCUAAACAAAUUUUUUACAGCACCCUCAGGACCCAAGAAGAAGCUGAAGGUCAGGGACAGCUACCCAUCCAUCUCGUCUCUUUGCGAAGAACCAGAGCAAGUGGAGGUAGCUGGAAAGCGCAGACCAGUUACAGAAUUGUUCACCCAUUAACUGGCUCUACUGCUAUUUUGGCACUGACAUAAACAAAUCUGUUGUGCACUUUUUUGUUACCUUUGAAAGUGGAAAUCUAGGGGUUGGUUUACUGAAGGCAAAUAGACUGUUCACUUUCCAAGGAAUUUGCCCCAGAGCUAAGUAAAUGAGGUGAAGCUCUGCUG